AUGACAUCGCUCAAGGGCAAGACUGCCUUUAUCUCUGGAGGCUCACGAGGUAUCGGUCUGGCCAUCGGCAUCGCACUCGGUCAGCAUGGUGCCAAUGUCGUCAUCGCUGCCAAGACAGCGUCCACCAACCCGAAGCUGCCCGGAACGAUCUAUACUGCUGCUGCUGCCAUCGAGGAAGCAGGCGGCAGAGCCCUAGCGGUUCAGAUGGACAUCAGGGAUGCUCAGGCGGUCGAGGCAGCCAUCAACAAGACGGUAGAUACAUUCGGAAGCCUCGACAUUGUCAUCAACAAUGCAUCCGCCAUCUCACUCACCAGCACGCUCGAGACCACCCCCAAAGUCUUUGAUCUCGUCCAUGGCGUCGACGCUCGCGGGACGUGGCUCGUCUCGAAAGCGGCUUUACCCUAUCUCAUCAAAUCGGCAAAGCAGGGGAGAAACCCACACAUCCUGACGCUGUCGCCUCAGCUCAGAGACAAUAUUACCAAGGAAGAGUUCGCUGGCAGGACAGCAUAUGCAAUGGCAAAGUACGGCAUGUCACUCGCUGCACUCGGCUUGUCUGGCGAGCUCGAGCAGUAUGGCAUUGCGUCGAACUGCUUGUGGCCAUAUACAAGCAUCUCGACAGAAGCUAUGCGUUUCAUCGCAGGAGCAAAAAGUCGCGAGAUCAGUCGGACGCCGGAGAUCAUGGCCGACGCCGCCAUUUCCAUGCUACAGAAGCCAGCUGAGAAGUUCACCAGCCGGUUCGAGAUUGACGAAGUGUACCUACGCAAGGAGCACGGCUAUACGACGCGCGACUUCCGCAAGUAUGCCCAAGUGCCAGAUGACGAGCUCAUACUCGAUUUCUUCAUUCCUCAGUGGCAACAUGAUGAGCUUGCAGUACUACGAGCUAACGAUACAACACUUGCCGGUCAAGCAAAGCUAUGA